AUGAUUUCUUCUAACCACAAAAUCACAAAACAAUUAGAAUUACUCUUCAAUAAAAGAAAAGAGAAAGAACCUAUUUUAUGUGAAUGUAUGAAUUUAUCAUAUGAUAAUAAAAACAUGAAAUGGCAUGAUGAAGAUAAAGAAUAUUGUGUUUCAAUUUUUAAUGGACAUUUUAUCUUUUACGACAAAAAUAAUAAAGGGGUAGUAGAUUUUGUUAUUCCUAUUAUUUCAUCAAUCCAAUCAACAGAAGAAGAUGAUACAAUAAUGUUAACAGGAGUGUAUGGAGUUCCAGUAUUAUGUCUUAUUAAUAAGAAUAAAUUCUUCCUCAGGGUUGCAACACGAAUAUUAAUAAAACAAUGUAGUGUUUCAUUUCAAUCUUUAAUUGAAACAAACCAAUUGAAGUCUAACUCAAGUGUAUUACAAAUAACAUAUUUACCAUUAUUUGGAAAUUCGAUUCAAAUAAUAAUGUUAGCUCAUUUUUAUGACCCAAAAAGAUUACAAGUUCCUGACUUUGUUUAUAAAUCAAUUAAAUAUUUAGCAAUGAUUACAGAAACAGAAGGACUUUUUAGAUUAUCAGGUGAUUCAUCUGAAAUGGAAGAAAUAAGAGAAUUAAUAAAUAAAGGAGAAGAAAUCAUCUUUCCAAAAUAUUCAAUUCAUUCAAUUUCUAAUUUACUAAAAUACUUCUUUCGUUCAUUACCACAUGGACUAAUACCUCAAACAAAUAUGUAUAAAAUGGUUGAAAGAAUUCAAAAUACAUCUCGAAGUGAAACAAUUCAAAUAUUAAAAGAAGAGGUUCAUUGCCUUUCUCUUCCUGUGUUUACUAUUUUAUCAGUUUGUUUUUAA